AAUAAUAUAAGAAAACGUUCAAUAUGGACCUAACGACGUAUUAUUGUUUGUUUCUUGUUCCUUGCAGCGAGCGGUCAGCUGAGGCAGCGCGAUCUGCUGUAUGGAUGAUGAGUUGAUUAAGUUGACUUUGCCCUGAAGAUGGUCCGGUGGAACGACAGCUCCACCAUCAAGUUGCAGCUAUGGGACAUUGCCGGUCAGGAGCGCUUCACGUUCAUGACGAGGGCGUACUACAAGGACGCUCGGGGCUGUAUCCUCAUGUUUGACGUCACCAACAAGCUGACCUUUGACAAAGUCCGGAAGUGGAAGGCUGACCUCGACUCCAAAGCGAGGCUCUCAGACGGCAAUAUGAUACCAUGUCUACUGGUGGCCAACAAGUCUGACCUGGAAAGCCCUCAAGUGACCCACAAGCAAAUCUCUGAGAUGUGUACAGAGCACGAGUUUGUGGGCUGGACAGAGACCUCAGUGAAGGAAGAUCACAUGAUUAAAGAGUCUGUCUCGUACCUCCUGGACGUGAUCAAAGGCAAGUGUCCCCGGGUCCCGCCCCCACGACAAAGCGGAUUCAUCGACUCCGUGGUGCUUAAGUCAACAGACGUUAACAAAUCCUCCUGCCCCUGCUGACAUUGAGCACAACCAUAGUUAUUCCAACAGAGUUGUUUUCUUUUUCUUUUUGAGGAAAAAAAGGUCGUCGGGUGUG